CCCCGCGUGCCGGACCAGCCCAGCGCCGCCAAUCUGCGGCCCACGGGACGGGCGCCGGCGCGGGGCGCCGUCCCGGCGGGGGCUCGCUACAAGCGCAGCUCUGACGUCUGGCCUCGGGCCCCACCAGCUAAGCGGAGGCCCCGCAGUGGCAGCCGGGUUUCUGUUCCCUGUGCGGCAGCUGCGGAGGUGUUAUGGGGGUCAGCUGCGCGGCGGGGCCCCAGGUGACCCCAUUCCUGGCUCCGGGUUGGGCCGCAGCCUGCGUGAGCCCCGACCUGCUGUUUCUGGGAACUGUCACCUCAGCUCUCAGGGGAAGGGCGCUUUCUGUGCUCAGUUGUUAAAUGCGUUAUCUCAUUCUCAACAGCCACACAUUUUACAGUUGAGGAAAGCGAGGCCUACGGCCACAGAGCUGGUGAUGUAAUUGUUAUCAUGUGGAGGUGAGGUGCUGAGGCCUUACAGCCAGACACACCUGGGUUCACAUCUGCUGUUCCACAGACCCGUGUGACCUUGGGCGCACCUGGUUCCCUCCCGGAGCCUCCGGUGGGAUGGUGGUGCCUACCCCCCAGGGCUGCUGUGAGGAUUGGGUUGAAUGGUUCAGGGAGCUCAGUAAGGAACCGCUAUUAUUACUGUUGUUGCUGUUGGUAAGUGGCCCUUUUUCUGCCACCGAGGGAGCUGGUGGUACUGGGUCAGGGCUGUCUGCUCAAUCCCAGCCUGCUGGCGCAGAAGGGGAAGCUGCUUCCCACGGUGAGACUGUUCCUGUCUGUGCAUGUCUGUCUCUGUGCCCAUGGAAGGCCACACCCAACCCAGCUGUACCAGCAUGUGCCGGAGUCACGCUGGCCCAUCGUGUACUCACCGCGCUACAACAUAACCUUCCUGGGCCUGGAGAAGCUGCACCCCUUUGAUGCAGGAAAAUGGGGCAAAGUGAUCAGCUUCCUAAAAGGUGGAGGGAGAAUCGAGCAGAAGAGCUUUUUCUCACCUUGAGAGUCAGCGUUAAUAACCCGUGUGCUACCUGCCUCUAGAAGAAGAGAAACUUCUAUCAGACAGCAUGCUGGUGGAGGCACGGGAGGCCUCGGACGAAGACCUGCUGGUGGUGCACACGAGACGCUAUCUCAACGAGCUGAAGGUGCCACAGGAGAGUGAUGUGGGGUCCGGUGCCCCAGACGCUCAGUGGUCCUUUGCUGUCGCAACCAUCACAGAAAUCCCCCCUGUCAUCUUCCUGCCCAACUUCCUGGUACAGAGGAAGGUGCUGAAGCCCCUCCGGACCCAGACGGGAGGAACCAUAAUGGCGGGGAAGCUGGCCGUGGAGCGAGGCUGGGCUAUCAACAUAGGCGGCGGCUUCCACCACUGCUCCAGCGACCGGGGCGGGGGCUUCUGCGCCUACGCAGACAUCACGCUCGCCAUCAAGUUUCUGUUUGAGCGAGUGGAGGGUGUCUCCAGAGCCACCAUCGUUGAUCUCGAUGCCCAUCAGGGCAAUGGGCACGAGCGGGACUUCAUGGGCGACAAGCGCGUGUACAUCAUGGACGUCUACAACCGCCACAUCUACCCCGGGGACCGCUUUGCCAAGCAGGCCAUCAGGCGGAAGGUGGAGCUGGAGUGGGGCACGGAGGAUGAUGAGUACCUGAGGAAGGUGGAGAGGAACCUGGAGAAAGCCCUCCAGGAGCAUCAGCCCGAUGUGGUGGUGUACAACGCAGGCACUGACGUCCUUGAGGGGGACCGCCUCGGGGGGCUGUCCAUCAGUCCGCAGGGUGUCGUGAAGCGGGAUGAGCUGGUGUUCCGGCUGGUCCGAGGCCACCAGGUGCCCAUCCUCAUGGUGACCUCGGGCGGGUACCAGAAGCGUACAGCCCGCAUCAUUGCCGACUCCAUCCUUAAUUUGUAUGGCCAGGGGCUCAUCGGGCCCCAGCCAGCCAACGUCUCAGCACAGAACUCAGACACACCCCUGCUGCCCCUGGAGGUGCCCUGACGACACUGCCCUCUGAGUGGCUCCCUGCCUGCCGCCCACCCGCCCGCCCGCCCGCCCACCUGCCCCUCAGUGCUUCUCCUUUUCCAAAUGAGGGGGGGGACCUCGCGCGCAGCUGCACUCUCCGCACUGGGUGUCGCGGUCUCCGGGCCAUUCUGCGGGUGGGGGCAGAGGGCAGGGCCUGAGUCCCAGAAAGACCCACACGGUCACGGUCACGGCCUGACCAGGCGGCAGUUCUCCCAGGAGGGAGGAGGGCAGUUGAAGCUCCCAGGUGCAGGGAGGGCCCCCAGGGGUGGGGUGUUCUGGUUUUCAAAACAGUGCGACCGUUUCAGACCAAGGAAGCUUCCAUCUCUUCCACAGUUGGGCCCCCUCCCUCCUCUUCUGCACCCUCUCCUCCUCCCUUCAGGGGUGGGAGACCUGAGGGGGGGCUGGAGCCAGGCGUCUGGGGUCCCUGGAUUCCCAGCCAGCAGGCAGGGGCCCUGGUCCUGGAUGUGAGGGGGCGGCAGGGAAGGGGAUGCAGGUGGGUUUUCCCAUCUGGCUUCUCCUUUAAUAAAGCGAGGUCUGGACCUGCUGUCCGAGAGCCCCUCCCUGGUGGGGAGGGGAGGGGAGGCCUGAGGAGCCCCAAACCCCUGCUUCAGCAGCAUCUUGCCCGUCCAGGGAGGGCGCCGGGUUUGGGGGAAAGAACUGUUGACUCAGGGACAGGCCUUAGCUCUGGAGGCUUGAGGGACAGAGGAAGGUGAGGCCUGGACCAGGUAAUCGGGGAGGGACAGGUGGCCAAGCUGGGUCCCACAGGCCCCGAGGCCCAGGUGGGGACUGAGGCGCUGGUGAGGCCAGGCUGGUGUUGCUGGAGGGGAGCAGAGGGUCUCCAUCCUGGCCUGCAGGUUGUACGCGUAGGGGGCUGGGGCGGGGCCCCGGCGGGGGCUGCAGCCUCCACUGGGCUCAUCCAAAAUGCCAGGCCCUGGUGUGCACUGCCCGGGGGGGCCCUGACCUUGUCGUCAGCUCUACUCUGGAGGGGAUGCUCAGGACCCCACAGGAAGCGGGGGGUAGGGGGGAGCGUCCACUGCUCCAUUGCCUGGGUGUGUUCUUAGUGGUCAAAGCGGGUGGGGAGGGAAAGAGGGCCGUCCCUGAUCAACCCCCCCACGGGACUUGUGCUCAUUGCCAUCUGGGGGUCUCCUGAAUUCUCCUACCUUCUCCCUCACACCCCUCUCGCCGCUCCCUCUGCUGGAGGGGGCGGGGCAGUAAGGGUUCCAAGAUCACCAAGUGUCAAACACGCUGAACUCCUUAGGCUUGGACGCCGCACCCGCCCUGCCCCGCCCCACCCCGUCCCUGCCCCGCCCCUGCCCUUGGUCCCUGCAUCGGACUCGAGGCACCUAACACCACUUCACCUCCGACACGGCCUGCAGCCUUGGGGGGCAGGCGGUGACAGGCUUGUCACCACGGAGCCUCUGCUCCAGAGAACCAUAAAGGCUCUUUUGAUCCGA